AUGAAUUAUUUAGCUAUAUUUUUCAUCUUAUUCACCUUAGUGAAAGGUGAUUAUACCGAUGGGGGGUGGAAAAUUUAUCAUAGAGCUCCAUUAUAUACUGUUGCAUGUGCCCAAAUCAUUGGUAAAAAUGCAUUAUAUUUUAAAGAAACUGAUACUCUUGGUUGGUGUAACUUAGAUAAUCAACCAGCUGUUGGUACUAUGGCUCAUGCUUUAACUUUAACUAACAGUACUAAAGCUAUUGAUUAUUUUGUUAAUGAUUGUAAUAAAAUUAACCCUGAUGGUUUCACUAUGGAUGAUUUCAAAGCUGCUUUCGAUAAUGCUACUAAAUAUUUAGUUGCUAAUGCUUCUGCUGAACCAGGUUUCAAUAUCACCUUACCUUUCAAUAAACCUGUUGCUAUUAAACAAGCUAAAAUUGAUGCUGCUAUUAAUUCUUCAGUCUCAAGAUAUCAAAACAUGAAUUAUGGUUCAAUCUUUGGUUUAGUUUUAAGUGGUUAUUGGUUCUUCUUAAUUAUCUUAAGUGGUAUUUGGAGAUUAAUGGCUUUUAUGACUCCAAGUUUUGUUAAAAAAUUUUCAGGAUCUUUAAGUAAUAAAGUCAGAAAAUACAUUACCUUACCAGCCCUUUUCGGUAAGAAACAUAAUGAUUACUUUUACAUUUUCGGAGUUUUCCCAGUGUUAAUCCCAACUAGAUGGGAAUCAAUCAUGCUUGGAGUUUACUGGAUUUUAGUUUUAGCUUUUAACGUUUGUGAUUUCCACCAUAAUGUUGGAAACACUAUCUGGGUAUUACAAAGUGCCGAAAUGGGUAGAAAGAUCGCUGAUAGAACCGGUUACAUGGUUAUUUUCAUGUAUCCAACUUUAGUUUUGUUCGCUGGUAGAAACAAUUUCUUACAAUUAUUCAGUGGUUGGAGUUAUUCAAGAUUUAUCUUAAUUCAUAAAUGGAUUGCUAGAGCUGUCACUUUAUUAUCAUUAGUUCAUGCUGUUGGUAUGACUUACAAUGGUAAAGGUAUUGGUGUUGGUAAAUAUGAAGCCAGAAAUGCUAAACCUUACGUUAGAUGGGGUUAUGUUGCUUUUAUUGCUAUGGCCCUUAUGUUAGUUCAAGCUAUGAACGUUCUUAGAAAGAGCAGAUAUGAAAUCUUCGUUGCCAUUCAUGUUAUCUUAGCUGUGUUUGUUUUAAUUGGUUCAUGGAUUCAUGUUUCUGAAGAUUUAUUAACCCCUAUUUAUUAUUCAGCUGCUGCCGUUUGGGUUUUCGAUAGAGUUGUUAGAAUUGGAAGAUUAAUGGCUUUCGGUAUUAGAAAAGCUAAAAUCCAAUUAAUUGCUGAUGAAACUUUAAAAGUUACCGUUAAAAGACCAUCAUACUGGAAACCUUUCGCUGGAGCUCAUGCUUAUGUUCAUAUUUUCAGACCUUCAUGUUUCUGGCAAUCACAUCCUUUCACCAUUGUUGAUGAAGUCAGUGAACAAAACACCAUUACUUUCUACUUAAAAGUUAAAGGAGGUAUGACUCAUGGAUUAUAUCAAUACUUAAAGAAACAACCAAACCAAACUUCCGAAAUUCCAAUUUCCGUUGAAGGUCCUUAUGGUCAUCGUUUACCAUUGAGUAGAUAUGACAGUCAAAUCUUUAUCAGUAGUGGUAACGGUAUUCCAGGGUUAUAUGAAGAAGCUAAACAAUUAGUCCAAAAGAAAACUUCAAACUUAAACAUGAAAUUUAUUUGGAUUAUUAGACAUUAUAAAUCAAUUGAAUGGUUCUAUCAAGAAUUAGUUAAUUUAGAACACCCAUCAGUUGAUGUUGAAAUUUAUAUCACUAACGGAUCAGCUGGUGUUCAUAAAUUCUGGGAUGAUUCAUCAUCUGAUUUAAAUUCAAACAGUGAAAAGAAUAGUGAAGAACUUAAUAAUGAAAAGACUGAAGAAAUUGAAUCAAUCAUUGGUGAAUUAAAAUCCAAAUUAUCUCACAUCAAAUUCAUUGAACAAAGACCAAAUAUGAAUGAUCUUUUAAGUAAAGAAAUUGAACAAGCAAAUAAUGGUACUAUCGCGAUUUCAACUUGUUGUCACACUUCCAUUGAUGAUGACAUUAGAAGAUCUUUAGUCAACAAUUUAGAUAAAUCUCAAAAUAGAAUUGAUUUAUAUGACCAAAUUCAAGUUUGGUAG